AUGUCAGGAACCCCUACAAUUCUCCAUCUUAUUGUAGACUCACAAAAGCAUGCAGUCAAUCCUGCUGACUCGGCUACACGGACUCCUGCUUCUAUCACCACCACCAAAGGUUCUACUUUUCAUACGUCCUCCAAAAACUCUGCAUGGAUUAUCAACUCAAGUGCUACGGAUCACAUGACAUUUGAUCCUAGCCAACUUAUUAAUCGCAAAUCAUCCACUUCGUCGGUGAUGUCUAAUGCUAAUGGUACCCCUUCCCUUGUGGUUGAGGAGGGCUCUCUAUCUUUCUCUACUUCCCUACAUCUGGAUUCUGCAUUGCUUAUUCCAUCUUUGAAUCAUAACUUGUUAUCUGUUGCACAACUUACUACUACUUUGGGAUGUACUGUAACAUUUUGGCCGAAUCAUUAUGUUUUUCAAGACAUCCUCACAGGAACGAUGAUUGGUUGUGGUACUUAUGAGACAAACUCUAUUACUUGGAUUGGGCACCGGAUAAUGAGGUCAAAGGUGGUCAAACUUUCACAACCAGUGUAA